AAAAAAUGCCGACUAUAUUAUUUUUCUGCAGAACACAACCGGUUGUAUCUUGUAUAAAAAAGCAAUUUCGCAUUUAGUUGUUAACAUUCUUGGCAUAAUUUCUUUGUUACACAGUAAAAAAACAUGAAUAAUAAACCAAAAGAGGACUGUAAAUAUUGGGAUAAAUGUUAUCAAAGAAAUGAGCAUCAUUUAAAAAGCUACAAUCAUCCAAAACCUGAGGAAACAGAGGAAAAAGAAGAACACAAAAACAACACACCCGGUAACAAUAAAUCUCCAACAAAAGCAAACAGCAAUGGAGAUGAUGUUCCUGAAGAAACUAUGGCAGAAUCAGGUACAGCUAAAGUCCAGCUUGAAAAGAAAGACAAGACUCCAAAGAAAAGGCGUUCCUCAGAGGCUUCCGCUGCAAAUGAUGGCAAAGAAGAAGUAAGUGUUCCAAAGAAAAACACCGCCAAACGCUUGUGGGAUCAUUCCGAAUCGAAUGCUACUGAAACAGACUCGUCGUUUAUUCAUGAGAAAUUCCUUGUCAAAAUGCCAAAGGAUUUCAAUUUGUUUUGGAAAUUUGUUACAUCCUAUCCCAAAGGUCAAAUGUCAUUCAAGAGCUUCAAUGCAGAUCUAGUAGGUCCUUAUGAUUUCUUGGCGGGAAAAUUUGCCAACGUCGAGAAUAAAAGCCCCGGUGAAUAUUUGCGGCACUGGCGGUUCUUUUAUGAUCCUCCAGAGUUUCAAACGCUCUUUGUUAAGCGAGGAACCGGAAUCCACUAUGGCUACUGGCGUGACGACCCCAAAGACGAGGAAGACUUGCUCAUAGUUCGUAAUGACGCUUCCAAGGGAUGCGUCUUCGAACUCGUCGCCACAAAUAUGUUCGACGCUUUCGCAUACUAUCUGGAGAAAGACUUUCCGGUGACUCCCUUUAAUCACAAGGCUUUGGGAGAUAUGAGAAAGGCGAUAAGUUCAUUUGUGGAGGAGAAUAAAUAUGAACGAAAGUCUCUGGUGGAGGCUAAGUCACAGCGGGCUAGGAAAAUUUGCUCCAAAACAUUCCAUAAUGUGGGCAUCGUUGUUCCAGUGAACAAAACCACAACAGUAGGCUAUCGCCCCUUGAUGGACAGCGAUGCCAACAUCAAGAAAAUACUCAGUGCUUUGGACAAGCCAGGCGAGUCUUCAAAAGAACAAGCAAAGGAGAUAGUAAUGGAAAAGCUGCAGCCCAUCAUAACAGCCUCAGUAAUAGCUCUGGAUGAGUGUGAUUUUGGGACCAACCUGGAACUAGGAAUUGACCUUUUCUGCUCCGGACACAAAGAAUUGCACGAAAUUGUUCAGAAUCUUCUGAACCCCGCCUAUAAGCUGCUUGGACGGCCACAAUACAUGGCGAUUCUGAAGGCACAUUUGGCCAACAGAAGCAAUAGUAAUAAACUCAGUAUUUUAGAUUAAAGUUGUUGUUAAAAUGAAAAUGUUUUAAAUAAAAUGAAUUUUUGUUGUAA